ACUACUAUUUUUUUCUCUCCCACCUCCUGUCUUCUUCCUCUCUUUGCUCACCUCUUUAAUUCGCCUACUCUCUCUCUUUCUUCUCUGCUUUGUGGCGGCUUUUCUAGAAUCUAUGGCCUCUGAGGGUUCGGUUGCAGAUCAGAGUAUCGAUGAGCAUGCGGAGGAGGAAAAAGUUGGUGAUGUUAGUAAAUGUGUUGAUGGAGAAGAGAUUAUUUUCCAGCCCAAGGAAGCUGCAGAUAAAGAAGAGGCAGAAAACAGCAAAGAAGUAGGCUCGACAGGGAUGGCAUCUACCGCUAGUUUCUCAGAAGAGAAUCUUGAACCUGAUGAUCUUUCUGUUUCCGAUAUAACCAAGAAGGAAGAACAGCAUGAAAAGGUUGGGGAGGUGGAGAAUUCUCCCCAGAAUUCUGAGGUUUCUAAUUCUUCAGAACCAGUAGUUGACAUAGAUGAAGCAACCUUGCAAAGCGAAGCUGACGAUGUUCAUGAAAAGCCAAGUGAAGUGCAAGAAAAAUCUAGUGAUUUUAUUGAGACAUCCGCAUUCCAAGAACCAGUGAUUUCAGAGUCCAAAUCAGAAGAUUUGAAAGAUAUUGAAAGCAAGCCAACAUUUGAGAAUGAAAGAAAAUCAGAGGAAGCACCUUUGGUUUCUACUGGUGUGGAUAUUUCUAAAGAUGGAAAUAUUGUGGCUGAGACACAAGAAGCAGCUAAUCCAGCGUUCUCAACGGACAAAACCGGUAUUGAAUUGAUUGGAUCAGAAGAUUCAAAUGAUGAAAUUCAUGUGUUAGUUCUUGCUGAAAUUCCAACUGUGUUUGUUCCUGAUUCUUCUGAAACACCAGAAAAAAAUGUUGAUUCGACUAAUCUUGCUAGUAUUGAGGUACCUGUGAAAGAUCUAGAAGCCGUAUCUGGCUCUCCUGAAGAACAGAAAUCAAAAGAGAGUACAGAAAUUCAAGAGCCAAUUUCAAAUGUGAGCAUAAAUGAUGCUGGAGAUGAAGUUGUUGGAUCCUCUUCAUAUGAAGUGAAGCCUACCGGAGUUUCAGAAGUGGUUGAAAACAAGGAUGGUGGCUUGGAAGCGGAGACUUCUCAGCCUUCUUUCAAAAUUCAAGAGGAUCUUGAAGCUAAUUAUAAGCUAGCUCAAACUGAAUCUGAUGAAAAUGUUUCCCAAGGAGUCGAAGUCAAGAAAGCUGAUGAGAUUGUUGAAGGUGGCAUAGAGACAUCCACUGUUCCUGAUGACGUUCCUCCACUUGCUAUAGUUUCAUCUGAAGAGGAAAAAGCUUCUGAGCCUGGUGUUGUGGUUGAGGAGGGAGAGUCUUCUUUGGAAAGCGAUAACAUUGACGCUGUUCCUAAAGUGGCUGAAAUUUCAUUGGAAGGCGGAAAUGUAGUGGAAGAAGAUGAAUUGGUUGAUAAGGAGAAAAUUGUGACUUCGGAUGCUGUACAGAGAGACUUGGUUGAUUCAAUUACAAAUCCUAUAGAAGCAAAAGUUUCUUCUGAUCAAGUAAGGACUCCUAUAACUGAGAAUGUAAAUGAAGAUCUGGAAGUGACAUCCAAGGAACUCAAUAUUGACCCUGUUGCUAGUGAAGCCUUUUCUGAGGGUGAUCAAAUUCCUGCAGGUGAGGAGAAGAGUGACAGCUUGAAAGGUGAAGUUGCAACUUCAGUGGAGACACCAAAUGAUAUCACCACCCCAGAAGAAGAACCACUUGAUCAACUGAUUGAGGAGAAGAAGAGUGAGAGUUUAGUAAGUGAAACACAUUCUUCUUCUGAGGAUAAAUUGCUUGAUGAGGAGAAAGAUGCAAAUGAAGAGGCUAAAGAUAUAAACUUGCAAAGCGAAGAUAAUGGUGCUGAUCAAAUCCCAAGUGUUGUGCAAAGUGAUUUUGCUGAGAAAUCUGCAUCCCAAGAACCUGCAUUUUCAAAAUCCAAAAUAGAAGAUUUGAAAGAUAUUGAAAUCAAGCCUACAACUGAGAAUGAAAGAAAACCAGAGGAAGCACAUUUAAUUUCUACUGAUGUGGGGAUUUCUGAAGGUGGAAACGUUGAGGCCGAGGCGCAGGAUACAACUAAUUUAGAGUUAUCAAAGGACAAAGUUGACAUCGAAUUGAUUAAGCUAGAACAUUCAAAGGAUGAAAUUCAGGUUCCCAUUGAAAUUCCUACUGUACUUGUUCACGAUACUUAUGAAGCGGCAGAAAAAAAUGACAUUGAUUCAAGUAGGCUUACCAGUAUAGAGAUACCUGUGAAAAAUCUAGAAGUUGAAUAUGGCUCUCCUGAAGAACAGAAAUCAAAUGUGAGUACAGAAACUAAAGAGCCAAGUUUAGAUGUUGGUGUACUUGAUGCUGAAGGUGAAGUUGGUGUACUUGAUACUGAAGGUGAAGUUGUUAGAUCAUCUUUCUAUGAAGAGAAGCCUUCAGGAGUUGCAGAAGUGAUUGAGAAAAAGAAUAAUGGCUUGGAAGGGGAGAAAAAUCAUUCUUCAGUCGAAAUUCACAAAGAUCUUGAAGCUAAAUCAGAAUUAGCUGAAACUCAAUCAGAUGAAAAUGUUUCUGAAGGAGUUAAAAUUAAGAAAUAUGAUGAAAUUGUUGGAGGCAUAGAGAUAUCCACCGUUCCUGAUGAUAUUCCUAUACCUUCUGAAGUUUCAUAUAAAGAGGAAAAAGCUUCUGAACCUGCGGUAGUGUUUAAAAAGGAGGAAGAGACUUCUUUGGAAGAUGAUAACAUUGGUACUGCGUCUGAAGUUGCUGAAGUUUCAUUGGAAGGUGGAAAUAAUUUGGAAGGGGAUAAAUUGGUUGACAAGGAAGAAGUAAAUGCUGAUGCUGUAGAGAGAGACUUGUUUAAUACAAUUAUAGAUCCUGCAAAAGCGAAACUCUCUUCUGAUCAAGUAAAAGCCCAUGCAACUACUGAGAGUGAAAAUGAAGCUCUGGAGUUGACAUCCAAGGAAGUCAAUAUUGCUCCUGAAGCUAGUGAUGUUCCUUCUGAAGAUGAUAAAAUGUCUACAGGCGAUGAGAAGAGUGAAGGCUUGAAAGGUGAAACUUCAACAUCAAUGGAGGCACCAAAUAGUAUCAUCACUGUAGAAGAACCACUUGAUCAAGUGAUUGAGGAGAAUAAGAGUGAGAGUUCAAUAAAUGAUACACAACCUCCUUCUGAGGAUAAACUGUUCGACUUGGAAAAAGAUGUGAAUGAAGAAGACAAAGAAAUAAACUUGCAAAGCCGAGCUGACGGUGCUGAUCAAAACCUAAGUGUUGUGCAAAGUGAUUUCGCUGAGACAUCCACAUCCCAAGAACCUGUGUUUUUAGAAUCCAAAAAUGAAGAUUUGAAAGAUACUGAAACCCAACCAACAUCUGAGAAUGAAAGAAGAGUAGUGGAAGCACCUUUGACUUCUACCGGUAUGGAUACUUCUAAAGAUGGAAAUCUUGAGGCUAAGUCACAAGAAGCUGCUAAUUCAGAGUUCUCGAAGGACAAAGUUGGCAUGGAACUGAUUAAGUCAGAAGAUUCAAAGGAAGAAAUUCAGGUGUUAGUUCCCCAUGAAAUUCCCACUGUAGUUGCUCCUGAUGCUUUUGAAGCACCAGAAAAAAAUGAUGUUGACUCAACUUAUCCUACAAGUAUAGAGGUACCUGUGAAAGAUUUAGAGGUUGAAUUUGGCUCUCCAGAAGAACAGAAACCAAAAGAGAGUACAGAAACUAAAGAGCCAAGUUCAAGUGCGAGUACAAUUGACGCUGGAGGUGAAAUUGUUGGAUCUUCCUAUGAAGCCAAGACUUCAGGAAAUGCAGUAGUUGAGAGAGAGGAUGAUGGCUUGGAAAUUCAUGAGAAUCCAGAAGCUAAUCCUGAAUUAGCUCAAACUCAAUCUGAUGAAAAUGUUUCCGAGGGAGUUGAAGGCAAGAAGGAUGAUGAGAUUGUUGAAGGCGCCAUAGAGACAUCCAAUGUUCCUGAUGAUGUUCCUUCACUUGCUAAAGUGUCAUAUGAAGAGGAAAAAGCUGUUGAGCCUGGUAUAGUGGUUGAGGAGGACAAAACUUCUUUGGAAGGUGAUUACACUGGUAGUGUGGCUGACGUUUCAUUGAAAGGUGCAAAUGUUUUGAAAGGGGAUAAAUUGGUUGACAAGGAGAAAGUUGUGAAUUCUGAUGCUGUAGAAACGGACUUGGUUGGUACAUUUACAGAUCCCACAGAUGCAGAGGUCUCUUCUGAUCAAGUAAAAGCUCCUACAACUACUGAGAUUGUAAAGGAGGAGAGCAAUGAGGGAGCUCUAAAAAUGACAUCCAAGGAACUUAAUAUUGCUCCUGAAUCUAGUGAAUUCCCUUCUGAGGUUGAUGCAUUUUCUGCGGGUAAUGAGGAGAAGAGUGAAAGCUUGAUAGUUGGAGAUGCAACUUCAGUGGAGGUACCAAAAGAUAUCAUCGUCAUAAAAGAGUCUCUUGAUCAAUUGGUUGAGGAGAAGAAGAGUGAGACUUUAGCAAGUGAGAUGGCAGCUCAGACCGAGGAUAAAUUUGUUGACGAGGAGACAAAUGUGAAUUUAAAGAAUGAAGUGAGAGAAUUGAUUAAUACAUCCAGUGAUGCUACUGCAGCUGAAGUUUCUUCUGAGAAAGUAAAGGCCCCUGAGCUUGUUGAGGAGGAGAGCAAUAAGCAAGCUCUGGAAGAGACGGCUAAGGACCUCAAUAUUGCUCCAGAAGCUAGUGAAGUCACUUAUGAGGAUGAUAAACUUUUUGCAGUUGAGGAGAAGAGUGAAAGCUUGAAAGGUGAAGCUGCAACUUCAGUGGAGGCACCAGAAGAUAUCAUCACCAUCAAAGAGUCGCGUGAUCAAGCGAUCGAGGAGGAAAAAAGUGAGAGGGAAGCUCCAGCUGAGGAUAAAUUGGUCGACAAGGAGAAAAAAGUGAAUGAAAAAGCUGAAGAGAGAGGCUUGGUUGAUACAUUCAUAGAUCCUACUGCAGCUGAGGUCUCUUCUGAUCAAACAAAAGCUUAUGAAACUGUUGAUAUUAUGAAGGAAGAGAGCAAUGAGCAAGCUUUGGAAGUGAAGUCCAAGGAACUCAAUAUUGCUUCUGAAGCUACUGAAGUCUCUCUUGUUGGUGAUGAAGUUUCUGAAGGUGAUGAAGUGAAGAGGGAAAGCUCGAAAGGUGAAGAUGCAACCUUAGUGGAGGCACCAAAAAAUAUUAAAAUUGCAGAAGACACGCCUGACCAAGUGAUUAUGCAGAAGAAGAGCGAGGGUUCAAAAAGUUUGAUGGAAGCUCUGGCGGAGGAUAAGUUGGUUGACAAGGAGAAAGAUAUAAAUGCAGAGGCUGAAAAGGCAGAAUCAGUUGAUAUACCCACAGAUCCUUCUGCUGCUGAAGUCUUUUCUGAGCAAGUAAAAGUUAAGGAAGCUCCGGAAUUAGCAUCCAAAGAACUCAAUAUUGUUCCUGAAGCAAGUGAAGUUCCUUCCGAGGGUGAUAAAGUUUCUUUAGGUGAAGGGGAGCAGAGUAAAAGCUUGAAAGGUGAAGAUGCAGCUUCAUUGGAGGCACAGAAAGAUAUCACCACUCAAGAAAAGUCAGUUGAUCAACUAAUUGAGGAGAACAAGAGUGAGAGUUCAAAAAAUAAGAUAGAAGCUCCAAUUGAGACGACUAGAGAUUUUGAUGCUUCUUUGCUCCUUCCUAAGGCAGUGAAAGACAUUAUAGCAUCAGAAGCAGUUCAGGAGAAGCAACAUGAGACCUCAAAUGAUCUCAGUCUGAAGGAAAAGAAAGCUAACGACUCUGAGUAUAAAAAGGAGGAAGUGAAAGUUGAGGAACCUUUACAGCAUGCGACCGACAAACCUGGGCAAGCAGAGUUGAGAACUGAAAAGGCAGAGAGUGAGAAAUCUAAGGAUGAAAAGCCAAUUGUAUCUUCUGAUACUGUGGAUGCAAAACUGACUAAAGAGGUGACUAAGCGCGAAUCAAACAUAUUCUCUAAGGUAAAGCGCUCAAUUGUGAAAGCAAAGAAAGCUAUCCUCGGGAAGUCACCAGGUACAAAGACUCUGUCAUCAGAAGCAAAAGAUGAGAACAUCUAAAAAGCUUGGCGAUUUAAAUUUAUAUGAAUUGCAUGUCUCCGUUGUGUCAUAUAUAUUGUAAAGAUUUUUGGAUCUCUUCUUUGUAGGUGUGAAAUUAUUUAGGUUUGUUUAUUGUGUUCUUGUUGUUUUUGUUCAGUUGAUGGUACUUCUAUAUUUGAUUGUUUGAUGUUCUGGAUCAGUUCAGACAUUCUUUUGUUGAUUAUGUAGGUUUGUAUCAGAAUUUGCUUGAUAUUUGAAGCUCUGUUUGAGAAUGUUGCACAUGGACAGUUUAACUUCUUGAAUUUGAAAUACAUUGAAAUUUUCUGCA